CCAUCCGGGGUCUGCACCCCCCCGGCCGCCGCCUCCGGGAGCCCCCCCGGGCCCCCCCGGACCCCCGGGCGGGCCAUGGACUGGCAGCCGGACGAGCAGGGCCUGCAGCAGGUGCUGCAGCUGCUCAAGGACUCGCAGUCACCCAACACGGCCACGCAGAGAGUGGUGCAGGAUAAGCUGAAGCAGCUGAACCAGUUCCCGGAUUUCAACAAUUACCUGAUCUUCGUGCUCACCCGCCUCAAAUCCGAAGACGAGCCCACGCGCUCCCUGAGCGGGCUGAUCCUCAAGAACAACGUCAAGGCGCAUUUCCAGAGCUUUCCGCCGCCCGUGGCCGAGUUCAUCAAGCAGGAGUGUCUGAACCACCUGGGCGACGCCUCCUCGCUCAUCCGCGCCACCAUCGGUAUCCUGAUCACCACCAUCGCCUCCAAGGGAGAGCUCCAGAUGUGGCCGGAGCUGCUGCCCCAGCUGUGCAACCUCCUCAACUCCGAGGAUUACAACACCUGCGAGGGCGCUUUCGGGGCGCUGCAGAAGAUCUGCGAGGACUCCUCGGAGCUGCUGGACAGCGACGCCCUGAACCGACCCCUGAACGUCAUGAUCCCCAAAUUCCUGCAGUUCUUCAAGCACUGCAGCCCCAAAAUCAGGUAA